AUGGCCUUCGCCCCCUACGGUGAUGAGUGGAGGCAACGCCGACAGAUAUGCACCCUCCACCUACUGAGCCCCAAGAUGGUACAGUCCUACGCUCUGGUUCGCGAGCAGGAGGUGGCCACCAUGGUUGCCGCCAUCUGCUCCCGUGGAUCGGCAGCGGAGAUCGACAUGUCCCCCGUCCUGUUUGCCUUCUCCAACGACAUCUUGUGUCGGAUAGUCACGGGGAAGAAGUUCGAAGGGAAGAAAGGGUUGUUCUCGAAGCUCAUCUCAGAGAACUCGGUGCUGCUGGCCAAGAUUUAUCUCGGGGAUUACCUCCCGUGGCUCGGUUGGGUGGAUUGGUUGCUCGGCAAGGUUAUCAAGGAACAUGAAGAGCGAGUGUCGUCGCAUGAUGAGAAAGAUUUCGUAGAUGUUUUGAUCUCCCUUCAGAAGGAUCCCGUGUUGGAAUCCAUCCUCACUCCGGAAGUCAUCAAGGCGCUUCUUCAGGUGUACCUGCCCGUUUUCUUCGGUGUGGUUGGUAGUCCAGCCAGGGAGGGAAGUUUUGGAGAGAAGCUGAGUUCGUGGGACUGCUUUGGUAGAAGUAGCAUCAGGGGCACUGAUGGUGAAGGGUGA